AUGAAAGGGACGCUCGUGACUAAAAAUGUGAACAUGACGCGGAAAAUCUACAAGAAAAUGCUAAAAGAAAAGGUCUUUCCUGCUGUCCGAAAAAAUGGCCAG